AUGGGAAACUAUGCCUCUUUAUGCACUUCACUUGUCUCCCCUACAGCCAAAGCUUCCAAGGUCAUCUUCCCCGGCGGGGAAGUGCGCCAAUUCCGCCGUCCAGUGAAGGUGGCUGAGCUCAUGCUCGACUCCCCCAACUCGUUUCUAGUCAACACGAAGUCACUGAAUACUGGAAAGAGAUUUACGCCUCUCUCAGCUGAUGAUGAUCUGGAGUUUGGUCAUGUCUAUAUUAUGUUUCCUAUGAGGAGGCUCAAGUCCGUGGUCACCCGGGAUGAUAUGGCCAGGCUCUUCAUGGUCGCAAACCCCACGCCAAGUAAAUUUGCCGGGGCUGGCCAUAACAAGGUCAGGGCUGUGCCAGAAUCUCCACCUGUGGCGUCGCCAGAAAGCGACACUCAAGAUUCUAGAUUUAGCUUUGAAGGAAUUGAGGGGUUCUAUCCAGGGGAGUUGAAGUAUAAAUUAUCGGUGUCGAGGUCUAGAAAACCCUUGUUGGAUACUAUUACAGAAGAGCCAGCGCGUUCAUGGUAA